AUGGAUAUUAUUCUUGUUUAACGGGGUCUUAAUUAUAAGCUUGAUCAUGGAUACAUGUUCCCCCUUCACCUGAUCAACAUCCAAUGAAACUUAUUUGGCUAGAUUAUGAUACAUAACUGGAAAGAGAAAGGUCGGGGUCAACUUAUAAAAAGGCAUGGGAUUUCUUGUAUUUUUAAAAUUCCUACCUGAGGUAUGCAAUCCCCUCACUUCGAUGGCUAACAGUGACUCUCAGAUCUCAUUGUUCGAAAUGCAUCAACUCCCCAUGCAACAGUAUCGAAGUGCACUUUAUUUGGGAAGCACCUUAAUCCAUUCAAUUGUGAAUUUGAACUUUCUUAAACUAUGUGCCUCCGUAGAAUGAAAUGAUUCCGCAUUCUCAGGGAAAACAUCAUUGGCUUAAAUGCGAUGACUAUGGAUUCCUCAUUUUCUAUAAACUUUUUCAUAUCUGAAUAAUUGGCUUAGCUGUUUAAAUGAUUCCGUUAAGUUCUACUGAUUUUAUUCAUGCUAGUAAGCGUGGUGUUUUCAUUCGUUUUUUUUUAGGUGCAUUAACAAGAAAUAGAAACGGAUCGAUUUAUGUAUAUAUCAAGCUCAAGAAUUGAGAGCCUCUCGAUAAACAGUUAUAGCUCUCAGCUGGGGGCUGGAUGAGGAUGUCGAGAGCAUGACUGGUGAGAUAGAGAAUGGAGACCUAGCUGUGCGAGACGUUGCAGAUCUUCUCCAACCGCAGUAUGCUAUUAUUACAGGUGGAAAAACACGAGAGGGCUGUCCAAUAAUCACCUUUCCAGAUAACGGCAACUUCCAAAAUUUAGGUGACUUGGAUUACCAGCGUCUCAUGCUCUAUCUGACCUCGGUUCCAACUCUGCAGGAGGCUGAUUUGGGAUUUCAUUUAAUUAUCGAUCGGCGAAACGAUAAAUGGAAUUCUGUGAAAACUGUUCUAUUAAAAAUAUCUGCAUUUUUUCCUGGUCUGGUUCAUGUGGCUUAUGUUCUACGGCCAGCAGGCUUCCUUCAGAAAGCCAUAUCAGAGGUAUCCAAUAAACUAUUCCGGGAAGAGUUCAAAUUCAGGGUCAUUGUCCUGGCCAAUAUUCUUGAGUUGUCUGAAUUUGUCGACAAGGAUCAACUUACAGAACAACUGGGUGGUGAUUUGCCUUUCUGCCAUCACACCUGGAUACAAAACAGGAUUAGUCUGGAGAAAUUCUCUUCUAUAACUCAAGACGUCUCCCUCGCUCUCGACUCUUUCACACGUCGUUUAGCCGAGGUAGAAUUUCCCAACAACACCUUAGCGACCACCACGUUGCUUGGCCAACAACAAGCUGAAUAUAACGAACUAAAGGAAGAAAUUUUAAGCGCAGCUAAGCACGGUGAAGCACUUUUGGAUAGCGUACGUCAAUUGACUGGCAAGGGCACUGCUGAUCGGCUAGGAAACGUGGCUGCUGUAGAGAGGCUACUUGUGCAGCUUGAAGAGACGGAGCGUACAUUUGACCUUUUUUGGUCACAUCACAGUUCUCGACUAAGGCACUGCCUUGCAUUACGCCAAUUUGAACAGGACUUCAGGGAACUACAAGCAAACUUAGAUCAGCAUAUGAAAACGGUCGGAGAUAUGACAGAGGUUGGAGAAACACAGUCGAGAGUUAAUCAACUACUCCGCGAUACAUCCGCUUUUCAGAGAAUAUGCAGAGGAGACAUAGAUCGGGCCGAAGAAGUCAUAUCAGCUGGACAACAGCUGCUAUCUGGUCGACAUCAGUGCCCAGCUGAAAUUGUUGAGCCAAAGUGUGCGGAGCUGCAAAGAAUUUGUACAAUUUUGGGUCAAAGACUCGAGAGAAGAUUGCACACUUUGACAAAAUGCAGAGAACUUAUGGAGAGAAUCGACAAGGCAAAUACUUGGUGCACGCGAGGCAUAGAAAUGCUAGCUUCUCAAAGCAAUACAACAGUACCUGAAGAAGCUCUUCAAAAUCUACAACAAUUGAUAGACUCUGCUGCAGAAUUUCGACAUCCACGUUGUAUAUUCCAAGAUUCUAUAACACCAGAGACUAAAGCACUAGUAACGCAGGUAUUGCAAAGAAUAGAUGACGUCUUAUUGAUGUGCGAUAAAAGAAUAGUGACACUUAAACAACAAUUGGUCAAACUAGCCCGACCUGUUCAAACUGUGACACCGGAGCCAGCUAGACCGAUUCAGCCUCCCCCUCAAAUGGUUAAGCCUAGCAGAGUUUUAAAGAAAGCAAACACGAUGCCAAGGAUGGAAAUGAGUCCAAUAGAAGGAGAAUCUUCGUCCCCUGAAGGAGAACCCCGCGAUUUGGAAGCUCUCCGAUUAAAACGCGGUCACGUUCUCGCCGAGCUGAUCGAGACUGAACGUAUCUAUGUUGCUGAACUUGGAUCGAUAAUUAAAGGAUACAAAAUGGAACUUACUAGCGAAUUAAUGGAGCAUCUGGUGCCUGCUGCUUUAGUUGGAAAAGCUGAUGUUCUGUUCGGCAAUUUAGAAGACAUUUAUCUGUUCCAUGGAGAAACUUUUCUCAGGGAUCUUGAGAACUGUAUUUCUAACACUGAGCUUGUCGCGCUGUGUUUUGUCCAGAGGCGGGAGAUAUUCUUCAGACUCUACAGCUAUUACUGCCAAAAUAUACCGAGGUCUGAAAGACUAAGAGAGCAAAUUCAAAGCGAGCCACAGUUUCUUGCAGCAUGUCAGCAGAGACUUGGACACAAAUUACCCUUGGCUGCGUACUUGUUGAAACCUGUUCAGCGUAUCACAAAGUAUCAACUCUUGUUGAAAGAUCUUUUGAAAUAUAGCGAUGAUCAGUCUUGCUCAACUCAACUUCAAGAAGCAUUGGAUUGCAUGCUGGUUGUACUCAAGUGCGUUAAUGACAGCAUGCAUCAAAUAGCCAUCACAGGAUUUGGCGGGGACUUGGGAGCUCAGGGUGAACUUUUGAUGCAAGGUUCUUUCAGCGUCUGGAGUAGCAGUAAAAGGGAACGUUUGUUACGUCUGAAACCUUCGCAGAGGCAUAUUUUUUUAUACGAAAAAGCUUUCAUAUUUUGCAAGCACAGUAAACCACAAGCUCACAACAAAGCCACAUACCAUUUUAAAAGAUAUCUCAAGAUGUCACAGAUUGGUUUGACUGAAUCAGUGAAAGGUGACGCUAGAAGAUUUGAGAUAUGGCUGCAAGGCCGAGCCGAAGUACACACUAUUCAAGCAUCAAGUAUCGAUGUUAAACAAUCUUGGGUACGUCAAAUAAAAGGUGUUCUGAUGUCACAACUCGCUGAAUUGAAGGGGAAACAAAAUACGGCACUCGGCAAAACUAAUCACAAGCCCCUACGUCAAACUAUAUCCUGGGAGGCUCAGAGCAGUAUAUCUGGAUCGCUCCGCACAUUGUCGGUUGAUGGCAAUAGCGUAAUUACCCAUCCCAUGGAUCUUGCGCAGAACACCGAUGACGACGUAGCUUGGAGUUCCGAAAACAGUAAUACGGAUGAUGAAGACACUUUUGGAGAAAAUCCAGGACUUGCUCCGGGCGGUAGAUACGUAGCUUUAGCCGAUUACUGUGCAGUCGGUCAGUCGGAGGUGACUAUGCACGAAGGGGAUAAUUUAGAGCUACUUAAGGUUGGUUGUGCCGGCUGGUGGUUUGUUAAGCUUAUCAGCACAGGUCUUGAAGGCUGGGCGCCGGCAGCAUACUUAGAGCCAAUUUCACGGAAAACAUCCCGUAGCUGCCAGUCGGUAAACAGCCAAGACACCAUGUGAGAUCGGCGACUAACACGCUAGAAAGGUCCUAGUGUGUUAGAUAUUUUUACUCUGUAAACUUGGGGGGCGGCGUGUGAACCGCUGUUCCGCGUUACUAAAAUUCACAACUCGAUGAAGUCGUUAGAAUGUCUAACAACGAGAAACGGAAUGAAAAAAAGAAUGACAUCUCCAAAAGCUUUUUUAACUGUAACCGCAGUUUACUCCAAUGAUGAACGGUGUUUUGAAUCCUGUAUCACCUGAAGAGGAGAAAAAAAUUAGCGUAGCCUUAGAUGUUAUUAAUUUAUUAAGAGAGGCUUGAAAAGCCAGUCUUGAAAGCGUGUAAUUGUUCCAUUGUCGAUUGACGUAGGUAACGUAAAAAAACUGGUCAUCUCCUUUCCAUCAAGAUCUCAUCCUAGGGUAGCGGAAUGUUAAAACUGCGACUUUUUAUCUGCGUACCCCGAGUAUCUAGUCUUAAGAAUCAUGUCUUAAAGAAGGACUGACCAGUUUGGACACGCCUCAAGGAACUAGUUAUUGGCCAUAUUGCCAAUUUAAAAUUUAAGAUUUGUUGUUGAAUCGUCAUCGCUUGACCGGGUACCCGGCCCUAUUCACCGCAGAUGAUAACAAUUAUCGUUAUCAAUAAGUGAAAAAAAUCGUUGACCAACGAGAUCGAGCGAUGAAAGACAAGAAACAAGAUAAUACAUGCGAAUUAACGUCCGCAUAUUUACAAAUAUAAACAGCUGACACCAAGUAUUACGCAAUAUCCUAACUUAUAAAGGUAUUAUAAUUACUAUAGAAUAUAAUGUGGAACUGCAUACAAUUAUUCACUAUUAUAACAGACCUUUGUGGUAUAUCGAGCAAGUUAUGUAUCUUCGAAUCGGAGCUUUUAUGUUUGGAAGAAAAAAUAUUUCUUUUCUCUUUGGAGACAAGGAUUCAGAUUUUACAAAUUUUCUAACAUUUUUUUCUGCAUCAACACCCUGCUCGGUAUUCUUGAAACAUUCAAUACACAAGUUAUUACUUGGAUACAUUUUUUUAAUAUGCAAGAUAUCUAAAUUAGCCAAAAUCAUUGAUUAUAUCAAGUUAAUAUUACAGAUCCGUUAAGAUACGACGGUGGAUUUCGUGGCAAAAUCUUUACGUUUUCAAUUAUCAUCCGAAAAUUUAUUCAUGUAGAACUCUUUGGGAUAUAACAAAUAUGUUAAUUUUCCAAUCGUGCAGGACUUGUAUGCAAAAAUUUUUCAGAGUAUCGUAGGAUAGUUUGACACUCAAAUCUGUUUUAUUUUAUUAUUGAAAUUCGUCGUCUUCACUUUGGACUAUAAAUUGAAGUAGGUUUACCAAUUGAAAUUUUUUAACGACAGUGUAAGUAUUUCUAUUCCGAGGAUACUCUUGGCUAGUUUGUAAUAAUUUGAAGUGAUAGCGAAGCAUUAACAAUACUUUUAGCUAACACAUAAAUAUAUGAUAUACUUAUAUAUAGACAAUAAUCUUGUCCACGUAUAAAUAGGUAUAGUAUUACAUGACUUUUAAAACUGUUUGCAAUAAUGACUAAUACAUGGUAGCUACUGGAAAAAAGGAAUAAGUUAUAUCGUUAUCUCAGCCAAUUUGCAUGUAGAACAAACUUAUUCGCUGUCAGAUAACUAUUACGUCUAGUUGUCGAAUAUAUACUUUCGGAAAAUUGAAAGGUUGUGGAUAUUAAUAAAACUACAUGAAUAUAUAUUAUGAAUUAAAUUAAUUAGUACGCUCAAAAAUAGUAUAUUCAUAAGUAUAUUAUGAAGAUAGUUGCAAAGCAAGCUUGUUGAAUAACAGUUCCUUUUGUUGUUCCUUAAAAGUAAAAGAAUUUACAAAAAAUGAAAAAAAAAAUAGAAUGGAAAUAGAAUGAAAUAAAAAAUAAAAUGAAAGAACAAACAAAUGAUACAUUAGAUUAUAUUUUUGCAAGUAAAUAAAGCGGAAAAAAAUUACAGAAAUAGUUUUUUCUAUCUGCAAUGAAAGCUGAGAGGUAUAACAUCGUGUCGUAUUAUGAAUAAAGAAUUCACUACGGGAAAAUGCAUUACAAAUAGUUAUAUGGUAUUGCAACAUUUUUAUGAAAUUAUUAAUAGCUCUAUACAUAAAGUUGAAGUUUUUAUGAAAUUGUAAUGACAGAUUUCAUUGGAAUCAAAGUUAGAAAGGAUGAAAUAUAAUGAACAGGACGAACGUUGUGUUUUGACAUGAGUUUUCAAUAAGCAGUAUUUCAGUUUUGAAAAGAUUGAAAAUCUUAAAUAUUUAUCGGGAGGAAAUAUCAUCUCAUGAUUAAUCACGAUAAUUGUGUUGGUAAAGUAAACUACGAGUUUGAGGAUAUAUCCUAAAUCUUAGGAGCUCGGAAUUUAUGUGCAUAAUAAUUAUGAUGAGUCGGUAAUGUAUUAAUGGAAAACUUUAAUGAAAUGAAAAUGAGGGAUAAUCGUAAUAAACAAGAAUUAAGAUGGUUAUAGAUAAUUUAUUUUAGAUAUAUCUUAGUACAAAAUGAAUUGUUAUUAUUUUUCUUUUUCUUUUUUUUUGAUAGAUUUGUAUGUUCUUAAUGCGAACAUGGCAAUUAUGUUGUUGAUUUAUCUGUAUAUAGUUGUGCAUUCACCAUAUUUAUAGGUACGUACCGACUAGAUUGUUUGAGAAAACAAAAUACGUGCCAGUUUGAUAUUAUGUCAACAUUUAAUAUUUUUACUAUCUUUUACGAUUAGAUAUUAGUAACUGUGGGUGGCUAACGGGACUCAAAAUAAAAUAUCGUUUAAAAUUGAAACAGGUAUCUAAAAUUUGGUGGAUGCACGAAUCACGAAACUCAGAAAUAAAAUAUCUCGUAAUUUGUUACGCAGCUGAAUUACUGCUUUGUAAAUAAAGAAUAAUGAAAUUCACAAUACUUUA